AAAACACAGAGAGCAGGAUGGUUGGAUCUGACGUUAACUGCAGGGGGCUGAUGAUCAGGUGUGACCUUUGACCCCUCACAUUCAGAGUCAACUGCCCAUCUACCUGAGGGGGCAGGGCCUAAGGAGCCCAGGGUUGUCACCAUGGCAACGACAUCCUCCCAGCUUGGCAGAGGUCUGGGUCUUGUCCUGGUGGAGUUUGAGUAUGAGUAUCAGGGUCGGGAUGGGGUGCCGGUCUCCAUCAAACCCAAUGAACGCUACGUCCUGCUGGCUAAGACCAACGACCACUGGUGGCAGGUCCAGAGUGACUGCAGCUCCAAGCCCUUCUACAUCCCCGCCAAGUACGUUAAGGAGUUGCCGGCAGACUUCCCCUCCCCACUGGACUUUGCUGAUCCACUCAGUCCUGAACCAGUUCUGGUUCCCGUGACUGCACCGGCCCCGGUCCCCGUGCCUGUCCCCGUUCCAAAGACUCUGGAGGAGCCCACCAGAACCAAACCAGGGGACGAGGUGACAAUCCGGCUCAGACCUGAUACCUCCACCGGGUACCGCAAGACUGAGAACCGCUUGUCGACAUUUGGUGUCCCGCUGGACUUCCAUGACCUGUCACAUCAGGUGGUGCCAGCACCAUGGCAUCCUGGCAACCCCCCAUCUGGUCUCAUAGAGACCGGGACCAGCAGGAAUACGAACAUGGCCAACGGUGGUCUGAGUCAAAAGCAGCCUCACCUGCCAGGGUGCCUGGAUGACCACAUGGACUCUGGGAAACCUCGGGUUCCCACUUUCAGUCCAGCUGACCCCCUUUCUACAGCCCGGCUCCCAACCCAGCCCAUACCGGUGGAGACACCAGUGGUCCCAGUGGUCCCCCCCAACAACGGCAUCCACAACACGUCCUCACUGACUGCAGGUUGCCAUGACAGGCAGGAGUCACCAAUAGAGCCGGAGGAGGAGGAGGAUGAGGAGGAGGAGGAGCAGGAGGAGGAGGAGAUGAGCGUGGAGGAGAGUGCUGAUGAGGAGGCGGAUUCAACGAAGGAGGAAGAAUCAAAUCACAUCUACGAGUCGAUCCAGGACCUGAACCUGGACCUGGAGGCUCUGGUUGGAGGAAGGGUUAGUCCUGGAGCACCACCUGAACCUGUCCCUGCACCUGCCCCACCCCCCACACAGGACCACAGCUCGCCCGGCCCUAACUCGCCCAUCUACGCCAACGUCUCCUCUCUGAAGAAAACAUCUCUCCCUCAGACCUCCGCCCCAAUACCACCACCUCCUUCUGACCCCGCCCCCUCUGUCCCAGACCACACCCCCUUGUCUUCCGUCUCCUCCUCCGGCAUGAUAAGCCCCUCCUCUCCACUCAGCCCACAAGAGGAGUGGCAGCCCCCCCUGCCAGAGGAGGAUUAUCCUAUAGAUGCACCUAGAGACAACGACACUGUCUUUACCACGCCCUCACAUCUGCCCCAAAGAAUGAUGGGAAAUGGAGUUUCUGAGGAGGGAACGAACUGGGGAUACAGUGUGGCAGAAGACACAUUAGCUCCUGGUCACAGGAGGAACGUCUCUGACUUCACUGAGGUGUCCAACAGAAGACACUCCCCCGACAGUCCACAGCUCUCUGAUAGGCUCACACUGAAGAGGAAUCUGUCCAAUCGGAGCACAGGCUCCCACCAGCUGCAUUACCACCUGCUGGAGAAAGCAGGGAUCACCAAUAAGACCAAAGUAGCUGAUAACGGCAAAAAGAUCAGGAAGAACUGGAGUCAGUCGUGGACCGUCCUCCAUGGAGGAAUCCUCACCUUUCACAAAGACCCCAAGUCUGCUCCGACUGGGAACGCAAGUAAAGCGUCACAGAUUGUUCCAGAGUACACAGUGGACCUGAGAGGUUCUUCAAUCGGCUGGGCCUCCAAAGACAAGUCCUCCAAGAAGAACGUUCUCGAGCUUAGGACUCGUCAUGGCUGCGAGUACCUGAUGCAGUACGACACCGAGAGCAUCAUCAGUGACUGGCUCAAAGUGAUCCAGGACACCAUCAGACAGCUGGAGCAGGAACACCUGACGGAGGACGAGGACGAAGCAGCUUCAGACAAAGAGGACAAAGACAGGAAGAGGACGUCGACCAGGACGUCCUCUGGACCGGACUCUGAGCAGAGACGUGUCCGGACCAAACUGAGGCGGUUCCUCCAGCGCAGGCCGACGCUGCAGAGCGUCAAGGAGAAGGGAUACAUAAGAGACAAUGUGUUUGGCUGUCACCUGGACACACUCUGUCACAGAGAAAACACAACCAUCCCCAGGUUUGUGGAGAAGUGUGUCAGAGCAGUGGAGAGGAGAGGUCUGGAUGUUGAUGGGAUCUACAGAGUGAGCGGGAACCUGGCUGUGAUCCAGAGACUGCGACAUAAAGCCGAUCAUGAGGAACAGCUGGACCUGGAGGACGGACAGUGGGAGGAGAUCCACGUCAUCACCGGAGCGCUGAAGCUUUUCCUGCGCGAGCUUCCAGAACCGCUGUUUCCCUUCAGCUGCUUCGACAAGUUCAUCGCCGCCAUCCAGGUCCCAGACCACAGCCUGAGAGUUUCCUACAUGAAGGACCUGGUCCGGACUCUGCCGCUGCCAAACCACGACACCAUGGAGCUGCUGUUCAAACACCUGCGCAGGGUGAUCGAGCACAAGGACUCCAACAGGAUGUCGGUUCAGAGCGUUGCCAUCGUGUUUGGACCCACGUUGCUCCGCCCCCAGACCGAGUCCGCCAACAUGACGAUCCACAUGGUUUUCCAGAGCCAGAUAGUGGAGCUCAUGCUCAACGAGUUCCAGAACGUUUUCUCCCAGAGUUAGGAGGAACCUCCUGUAGCUCUUCUGGGACCUCAAGCACCACCAGAGAACAUCCUGGAAACUCCUGGAAGGUCCUGAAAGCCCCAUGAGAACUGCCAAAAAUCUUCCAAAGUUUCAGAGACCUCAACAUAACCUCGUCUCAGAUUCAAAGUCACGGGGCAUUGAACCCUGGACCUGCUGACUACAUGGCCCCCCUUCCAAACACUGUGCCUUAAAAUAAAAUUGUAGAUCUAUGGACCCAAACAUUUUCAUAUUUUUUAAAAACCAGUGGACAUUCGGGAUCAGAGAGGACUCUAUCACACCCACUACAGCCUCUAACCACUUAGGCCUGAGCAGUCCAGGUAGAACGUGAAUGAACUGGACCUGUUUCAAACCAGCACAAGUUCCAGAUCCAUCUAGGAGCUUGUGGAACACUGGACCCAAACAUAUUCUCCUGUAUUUUAAUACAUAUACAAGUUCAUAAAGGAUUAAACAUGGAACGUGUUGACAUUCGUGUCCGCCCUGUGUCACCACUGUGUCUCCAACAGCCAAAGUACAAACCUAGAAACCUGAACUGGUUCUGAAACCUUCUUUUGGAUCAUCACUUUUCUUUUUCAAGGCAACAGACCAAACAAAACACAUUUUUUCUCAGCAGCCGAAAACCCUACCAUUCUCACUUUGAGCAAGAACUGUCCCAACAAGUUUCAGAUACCUCUGGAACUCUGGAGCUCUCUGGACCCAAACUCUUUUCCUAUUCAUGUUUUUGAUUGAUCUAUAGAUUUCAGAGUUCGGGGGGGUUUGAACACCUCCUACGUUUUCAUUUCACAACGAUUUGAACCUUCAAUAACACAGAUAGACCCUGAAUGGAUCCAUCUAGAACCCUGGACUGGUUCUCAAACCUUAACCAGCAGACAGACAAAUCACAGCCUUUUGGCACCUGAAUAAAAUCAUGAAUAGAACCUCAUAGAACUCUUCGUGACCCACAUCUCACCACCAGACCCCCCAAGCCUCAAAUGACCCAAGAGUAACUGGAAUGGAUCUGGAACCGCGACCAGAUCACACCCUCAAAACACAAAACAUCCCGACCUCUCGACCUUUGUGUCCCGUGUGACUGUGCUUUUCUGUACCUGAAGGUUUAUUUUGGAAUCCAAAUGUCUCUCAAGAGCUUAUAACAGAACUCGUGAAAAGUCCUUCUGAACUGAACAAACAGCAUUUCCACACUUCCACUGAACAGAGCUUAGAUUUUGGGUUGACCCCCCCUGAACAGGAACACACUGUGGGUUUAUGUUUGUGGGCGUACCUGUGGACACUACGUGAACCUGCCUAGAUGUCAGAGGAAUUAGAUCAGACUUAUUCUUCACUCACACAUCGAGCCUGAGAACACCGAACACACUGACUCAGAGUGAAACUAAUUGAAAAUAUAAACUCUUGUUGGUCCUUCUGUUCAAUUUUCUCUUAUUUUCAAUCAGUGCCUUAGAAUUGACCCUAACCCUUUCAAACAGGAAGUGUAAAGAGUCUGGAGUUGACACUGAUUGGCUGGUCUUACCUGCUCACUGCCUUACACUCUGCCACUCUGCAGGUAUGCAGGUGUUGGUGUCAGAUCGCUUGUUGUUCAGUUUUAGUUUAAUUUAAAUGAUCUACUUGUUAAUGUCCAUGUUCAGGUUCUGGAGUCUGGAGCCGGUGUGUUCCCAGUAUCAGUCUGUGCUACAUUCACUGACUCUGGAAAACACAGAUUUGCUGUUGAUACCAAGUAAAAGUUUAACAUGAAACUUUGUCGUAUUAAACACUGCAUCAAACUUUAGUCUUGAUCCGGUCCUGAUGAUGUCAUCAGUCAGUGACAGAUCCCACGUGUUGUUUUAGACUGUCGUCAUGGCGAUGGUAUGCAAUCACAAAUCAACUGAGAAAUGAUCAAAUUCUCUUGUGCCCACAUCGUCUUUCUGCUGAGCUAGUAGCUAAGCUAAGGUAAACACACAUGGAUCUAUGUUUGCAUGAAUCUAAAUGUGUAUCAGGAUGUUCAAAGGACCGGGUCAUCUCCUGAGGGACUCCACAAGAGAACGUAGAGAGCAUAGAGUAGAACAUGGAGAACAAGAGGUUUUACAGUGUUUCAGUUUGUCUUGAGGGAACAUUUUACUGCUGUUGUUUGUGUAACGGUGAAUAAUCUGUACAAUGUUGUAUGUUUUUAUAGUUUUGACUUUCUAUGUGUUCAGAACAAAGUUAACGUCACCAGACUGUACAUAAGAGGGUAUUUUACUGACUUUAAUAAAG